AUGAGCGGCAAACGCCCCCUGGAUCCUGACGAUGGCUCUGGAGCAGGAGAUCCAAAACGAAUACGAUCCAACAAUGGAUCGCCAGCUCCAGCUCCUGCGGCCGACAGCCAGAAUGGGGGCUCAGAGAUUCAGCGAAAGAAGCGAGAAGCGGCGGAGAGGAUGGCGGCAGUGAAGGCCAGACUGGCAGCGAGCAAAGCAGGGGGAGCAGCACCAACACCACCUCCUGCAGCAGCUUCACCUCCGCCGCCUCCGCCCGCCACGAAUGGAGCGGCCAACGAUGUCGAGGCCAAGAAGGCCGAAGCGCAGAGGAAGAUUGCUGAGAUGAAGGCGAGGAUGGCAGCGAAGCGAGGCGAGCCACAGGCUGGUGCAAGGAGCUCGCCGGUCAACGGAGGUAUUGGGGCUCCACCACCACAGGCACAGCAACCCAGCGAGCGCGAGGCUCGGAUAGCAGAAGCUCGUGCUCGUGCGGCAGAGCUAUCGAAACAAAGGCCUGGAGCUGGCACACCGCCCGCGGUAGCAGCCCCACCCCCACCACGGCAGGAUGGUCGGACGACGAGGGGAGGUCUGGGUAUUGCCAUGCAUCCGAGUCUGUUAGAUAGCGGACCGAGCGCACCCAGCAAAGGCAAGGCCCACGGACCAAAAUUCAGCACGACCAAAGGGAAUCAACAAGCGGACAGACCGAAGGCGAAUCCUUAUCUGGCUGCAGAGGAUGAGGAGAACCAGCAAGAACAAAAGUUCGACGCUUCAAUCUACGAUGCAUCUAUCGCUGUGCGGAAGGGUGGAGAGAGGAAGAGCAAGCAGCUUGUCUUCAACCAGAAGGGCAAGUUCAUGGCCCAAGCCAAUGCUCUCCGUCAGCAAGCUCGUCUGGAAGAGAUGAAAAGGCAGAUCGCUGCGGAGACACGAAAGGUAGAGAUUGAGGAAGCGAGCGACAAGUCUUUCCUGGUCCCGGCGCCUCCGGACGUUGAAUGGUGGGACGAAGGUCUCCUGCCAGCCGGACAGAAUAGCUACGACGACUGCCUUACCGCUGGCAGGAACAAGAUCGACAGCGAAGAUACUAUCAUCACUGCCCUGGUCCAGCAUCCCGUCAUGCUGGCCCCGCCGCAAGACCGCUUCAUCCCCGCCCCCAAACCACUCAUGCUCACCCAACAAGAACAGAAGAAACUCCGCCGGCAACGCCGCAUGGCCGACAUGAAAGAAGAACAAGCCAAGAUCCGUCUCGGCCUUGUCGAGCCUCCCGCACCAAAAGUCAAGAAGAGCAACAUGAUGCGCGUCCUCGGCGAGCAAGCCGUCAAAGACCCCACUGCAGUCGAAGCGCGCGUGAACAAGGAAAUUGCCCAGCGCGCCAACGAACACGUCAAGGCCAACGAGAACCGCAAACUCACCAAAGAGCAGCGUGAAGAGAAGCUCAAAGCGCAGCAAGCCGGGGACGAAGCCAAAGGCAUCAAAGUCGCCGUCUUCCGCAUCGACAACCUCAGCAGCGGCAAGCAUCGCUACCAAGUCGAUCAGAACGCGAAGCAGAACGCUCUUACUGGGAUGGUGAUCCUGCAUCCACAGAUGAACCUCGUCAUCGUGGAAGGCGGCAGUCACAGCAUCAGCAACUACAAAAAGUUGAUGCUGAACCGUGUCAAAUGGGCCGAAAACACCAUGCCCCUCGACAACACCAACCCCACCACCUUCACCGGCGGCUCCGCGCCCGCCGCAUCUGGAUCAGCCAACGCCACGAGUCUGGCGAGCGAGCGGUCCGGGUCCAAGGCGGCGACGUGGUGUACGCCGUUCACGGAGGAAGGGGGGUUGAAGGACUUGUCUGAGAAUCGCUGCGUGUUGGUUUGGGAGGGUGAGCAAGGGGCGAGGAGUUUCAAGCGCUGGGGGAGCCGGGCCGUGGAGACGGAUGGUGAGGCGCGGGAUGUGUUGGGGAGGCAGAAGAUGGAGAAUAUGUGGACGCUGGCGAGGAGUCGUACACAGUAG